AUGUCGUCCCACGAUGGGUCGCGCUCGGUGCGCCAGUCGAAGCGCUACUCCGUUACUGCCCUGUAUCUGUCCAUGUCUGCCAAGGACAAGGAGCUCGAGAUUGAGGAUGACCUGGCUAGAGCUCAGAAGAUACUCCGCGAACUCAAGGCCAAGAUCUCGUCGCAGUCCAAGAAGAACUUCGUCCUGGAAAAGGAUGUGCGCUACCUCGACUCACGGAUAGCCCUGCUGAUUCAGAACCGCAUGGCUUUGGAGGAGCAAAAUGAAGUCGCCGACCACCUUGCCGACGGCCUCGAACUCCAGGAAGGCUUCUUUCCCAACGACGAGAAAACGCAGAAAUACGGCAACCUGCUGUUCCUCCUCCAAUCCGAACCGCGUCACAUUGCCCAUCUUUGUCGACUCGUCUCCAUGGCUGAGAUUGAUGCCUUGCUACAAACUGUCAUGUUCACAAUCUACGGAAACCAAUACGAGAGUCGCGAAGAACACUUGCUCUUGACUAUGUUCCAGUCAGUACUUACGUAUCAGUUCGACAGUACCCCAGACUACAGCUCGCUUCUGCGCGCCAACACUCCAGUCUCUCGCAUGAUGACUACAUAUACCCGGCGAGGACCCGGUCAGAGUUACCUCAAGGUUGUCUUGCAGGACAGCAUCAACUCCCUCAUCGAGCUCAAGGACCUCGACCUUGAGAUCAACCCACUUAAGGUGUACGAGAAGAUGGUUACUGAGCUUGAGAUCCAGGGAAAACUCCCCCCAAACCUGCCCAAAGGCGUCACCGCAGAGCAGGCGGCCGAGAAUGAGACUGUACAGAACAUCAUCACACCACGCGUCAAUAUGCUUAUGGAGAUUGCCAACAACUUCCUCACGACCAUCAUCAAAGGCCUCGAGGAAACGCCCUACGGCACCCGAUGGAUAUGCAAGCAGAUUCGAAGUUUGACGAGACGAAAGUACCCUGAUGCCCAAGAUCAGACCAUAUGCCCCCUCAUCGGAGGCUUCUUCUUCCUGCGCUUCAUCACCCCCGCCAUUGUCACACCAAGGUCAUAUAUGCUGAUCGAUGUGCUACCGGCGGAGAACCCCAAGCGGACACUAACAUAUAUUGCCAAGAUGCUGCAGAAUCUCGCGAACAAGCCAUCGUAUGCGAAGGAGCCGUACAUGGUCAAGUUGCAGCCUUUUAUCCACCAAAACAAGGAGAGGAUAAACAAGUUUCUGUUGGAUCUCUGCGAAGUACAAGACUUUUACGAUACCCUCGAAAUGGACAACUACGUUGCUUUGUCCAAGAAGGACCUGGAGCUUUCUAUCACGCUGAAUGAAGUGUAUGCGACGCACUCGCUGUUAGAGCGACAUGCCGCUGAGCUUGCCAAAGAAGACAGUUCGCAUCUUGGCGUCAUUCUACAGGAACUCGGCACCGCGCCAGCACAGCUUCCGCGCAAAGAAAAUAGGGCCAUUAACCUCCCACUAUUCAGCAAAUGGGAAACACCACUCGAUGAUCUCACAGCAGCACUUGAUAUUACGCAAGAGGAGAUCUUCUUCAUGGAGGCCAAGUCGACGUUCGUCAUGAUCCUCCGCUCGCUCCCUUCCAACACCUCCAUUACACGACGACCACUCCGACUCGAUCGUAUCGCCGAAGCAGCCGCCACAACAAAGAAUGACUCUGUCAUGGUCAAGAAGGGCAUUCGCAGCAUGGAGUUGCUCUCUCAAUUGCAAGAUCUUGGUGUCAUUGACAAGGAAGACGGUUUCUCUCUACUGCGAGAUGAAGUCGAACAAGAGCUGGUGCACUUGGGUUCCAUGAAAGAAAAGGUCAUUGAGGAGACACGCAAGCUAGAGGAAGUCUUCCGCACAAUCCGCGACCACAACGGCUUCCUUGUCAGCCAACUCGACACCUACAAAUCCUAUCUCCACAACGUGCGCAGUCAAUCCGAAGGCAAGACAAGGAAACAGCAAAAACACCAGGUCCUCGGCCCUUACAAAUUCACUCAUCAGCAGCUUGAGCGCGAAGGCGUGAUCCAGAAAAGCAACGUACCCGAGAAUAGGCGUGCGAACAUCUACUUCAACUUCACGAGCCCCUUACCUGGUACUUUUGUCAUAUCCCUGCAUUACAAGGGACGGAACCGCGGGCUUCUAGAACUCGAUCUCAAGCUGGAUGAUUUGCUUGAGAUGCAAAAGGACAACCAGGAAGAUCUUGAUUUGGAAUACGUCCAGUUCAACGUUUCAAAGGUCCUUGUCCUUCUCAACAAGCGGUUCGCGAGGAAGAAGGGGUGGUAG